UCAAAUGCAACAUUCUGAAGUUGGUUGCGACAGUGUACAGACGUUGAACUGUUUAUAUUAUUAUAACUUGAAUCGAAUGUGCUUGAUAAUCGGAUUUUGAUUAAAUUGUUCUUUUGGUUGGCUUUAGUAGGUUUAAAUGAUGAAAAUCAUCAUGAAAAAAAGCAAUUCAUCUAAACAGGAUUAUAAAAAGUGUUUCUAGAAUAUCUAUAGAAUUACAACUCGGUGAAACACAAAGUUAGUGUUCAUGCUAUUAUAUUUCGUUUGUGCUUUCUUACAUUGUGCUCACACCGAAGAAAACCGAAUAUCAUGUGCAAUAAUCGACAAUCAUAAAAUGAGGGUGUUCGAGACCACAAAAAAAGUUUAAAAAAAAACAACAUAUGCAUUAAGAGAUAUCAUAUAAUUGUUCAUUGACUGGAUUUUGAUUCGAAAAUGCACCUUUUCUGUUCUCUAUUAAUCAAAUUAUGUAUGCUUGUAAUAUGUUGUGUUCCGCAGUUUUUAUGUUUAGAGCAAUCGGAAACAUCGACACAAGCUGCAGUACGAACAGGUGCAACACUAUUUCAAGAACACGUAAACGAAGAGCUACGGGAUAAGAGAAGAUUAAAAAAAAGACUUCUCCUAGAUCGUACUGAUAUCGACUUCGAAAACUACCAUGGUGUCGUAGGUCGCCCUGGUACAGACUACCCAAUAUUAAUGGGUAUGCCAAUCACUAAUUUCGAUUGUCGACAAUAUGGAAAUGGGUAUUUUGCAGACUUGGACACGAAAUGUCAGGUUUUUCACAUCUGCGAUGAAGGCAAAAAGAUAUCGUUCCUGUGUCCUAAUGGUACCAUUUUCCGUCAACUGGAUCUUAUAUGUGAUUGGUGGUUUAAAGUUGAUUGUGCUGCCGCGCCCAACUACUACGCAGAAAGUUCAGAAAUGCUUACUCAAGCACAACGAGCUAGAACCCAGAGUAAACAUCCUAUCCAGCAACCCAUUACAUCACCAGAUCAACUUUCACUAAAUGUACAACGCAAACACGCGUUUCUCAAUAAUCAAUUGCUGUCCAAUUUAAACGAGCUUGCGUUCAAUCGACGAAUGGACGCAGUUGUCGACCAAUCGGAUGAAAAUAUUGACUUUGAGGACAUUUUAUUGAAAAGAAACCACGCUCAACAUGAAAAUUCAAAACAUGUCAUAGAACACUCACAAAAAUCUAAACCUUCAAAUAAAACAGUGCCAUUUGUUCAUACCGAGAAGAAAAUAAAUGGAUACUACUACUAUCCAUCAACAGAGCAAAAAAUUGUCAGUCUGAAUCACAAAUCCGACACUUAUGUCUCAAACCGAUCAUCGAAAUUUAUAAAUGAAAACGAAAGGGAAUCAUCCCGAAAUUCAAAAAUUAUAGAUAAUAAUGAAAGUAAACAGAAUGCCCCUCCAAAUUCCUUUGCAUUUGAAUCUAAACCUUUUAUAACAAGAUUAACUGAAAUGCCGUUAACUACAACUACAACUAGACUACAAACUAUAAAAUCAACAACUUCUUCCUCUACUAGCCGUGGAAGUACAACAUAUAAAACUAGUACAUUAAAUCAAAAAUCUGAAUAUAAGCCAGAAAUUAAUAAUGAAUUUAGAAAUAUUAAAUUAACGCGCCACUUUCCUCCAGAAUGGUCCAAUUUCUCAGCUUAUUCAACGGCAAGGAAACCAAGCACGAAUGCAAAAAGUAAACCAUUUUACACCCCCACUAUUCCUACGGUAACAAGCAAGGUUAUCACCGAAAAUGUCACCCCAGGUGUACAAACUUCCCCUUCUAUCUCACAGGCAGUAAAACAUGCUAUGAAAAUGAUGAACACAUUACACGAAUUGAAGAUAUCAGAAGUUGUGCUAGAAAACCGGCCAGGAAUAGAAGUGCCACCUUCAUCUGGGCCAAAUGCUCUGCACUCACUAGCGCUAUAUUUUGCUAAUGAUUCUGAAAGAAAUACAUCAACCAAAAAUUUUCUAAGUGAAAAGCUUGGAGCAGAUGAUUAUUUUCAUUCUAAUAGUCCUACUUUGCUCAGCAAAAAAACUAUUGAUAAAUAUCAACAACUAUUUGAUGCAAAAAAUCCUAAUCCGAUUACAGAAUCUACAAAGUUUGCAACAUGUAAUGAGCAACAAUCUGGUAACGACCUCGAAGGACAAUUUUCAAGACACCCUAUAUUUAGCUCUACUGGGUCACCUCAAAUUCGAGAAUUAGCACAAGUUUUUACCCAUGCUUUAUCUGCAUACCUACAGGAUCCUGAAUCAUUUCGGCAUAUUUUGACAGAAAUAAGACCAAAAGAACCAACUUACUUUAAAUUAUCAAGUCAAAGGGACUAUGAAAUUCACAAAAAUAAAGAUAUAUCGACAAAUGAAACACCAUAUAUAUCAUCGCGUCAACAAAUAACUCUAGCUCCUCAAGAUAUAAUAACAGAAAAUUCAGAAGCUCUUGAUUUUUCUGAUAUAACAUCACCAAGUACUGUAAAAAGGGAAACCACAAAUAGUAAUUUUGAGGUCACAACAGAAAUGUUAUCUUCUACGACCCACAUACAACCUACUGAUUUAUAUAACGAGAUAAAAUCAUUCCGUAAAGCUCAAGAUUCCAAUUUAAUUUUAGACGUUUCUUUCGCGCAAAAGGAGCGUCGGUCUAAACAAUUGAAACUAGCUAAUCCAAAAACCAGGAAUGAGCUGGCUGACGAAGUAAACGAAGAAUUUGGAACUUUAAAACCACCCGCAUUCAAGGUAGUAGAAAGUGUUGAAGAUUUGGAUGGCAGACAUAAAAAUAUUAGUUAUUUUUCAACAAAUGGAAGACUUCAAUCAAAUCGAACUCACAGUUUCCAUGAGUUGAAUGUCAAAUCAGCGAAUAGUACUCAGACCAUGGAUACAUACCAGAAAACACUCUCUAAUAACCAGCCCAUAGCAAUUCGGUGGGGGGGGAAAUUGUCUGCUAGUACAAAUCCAAUGAAUUCUACUCCCACAGUUUACCUCGAAUUACACACACCUCAUAAAAAAAAAUUAAAUUAUCAAUCCAGUAUCGCGUUCUUACCCCCAGUACAAGAAGAUCGUUUAGAAGAUGACAAGCAAUUACAAGAAUCUCAGAGCCGGUCCUCCGUCAUAAACCGGCACAAUGUAGAAUUAGGUAAACGUGUCAAAACUAUCUACAGUUUUCUAAGCCUGGACGAUUCAUUGCUGCAAAACCCACGAGAUCCCUCGAAAAGUCACGAAAUUCGAACUACAACGCCAGGUUCAGAUAUCACCAAAGUACAUUACAUAACAGAACUUUCUACACAUGGAAAAGAUAGUGCUGUUACUACUAUUAUACCUGAUAUUAUGAGAGUUUCUAUACCAGAUACAGGUAAAAUAGCCCCGGAUUCUAAAACAACGCUUUCGUAUACUGUGUUCUUGGACCCACUAACUAUAAAUGAUGGUCUUAUGGAUGCUGAAGAGGAAGCUAAAACGACUACGCUGAAUGCACACACUUAUCUUCCAAGAAAUGAUAAGAAAACAACUAGUACACUAAUGGUAUCAACUAUACCAACUAACAUUGACCUACAUUUUUCAACCAUUCCCAUAUUGUCUAAAAAAAAGCAUAGAAUUAUUGAGGAAGAAUCCAAUGAAAAUGAACUAAUGGAAACGAUGAAAAGAAAAGCUAACAGGAUGUUUGGAGAUUUAACUGAUUUCGAAGCAAUCCACCUCAUGAACGUAAUGAAAACCGCAGACACCAACAAAACGGUUAGAAGACUUAUUCUAUUGCUUAUUCAAACAUGUGACGAUGACUACAACAAAACUGUCGAAGAGUCUAGAAAAUCCUUACUCAACGAACUUAUAAAAAUGGAUAGUCAAGAAAUUGACAGCAGUGAAGAUCAAAUUUUUCCUACCAGUAAGAAAGGAAGAAACGUAAAUGAAUCGACCUCAACAGCUGCAACACCAAUUACACCCGUUCAAGACAUGCAGCUUGAAAAAUUAUCGUUAUAUUUUAAAGACAAAGAAAAUCUUGAGGCUUCGACUAUUGAUGAUGCUAAAUCCACUGCUUUAGAUGGAUUUUAUGAUGUGUCAACUAGAAUAACUAAUUUAAAUUAUACAAGUGACAAUUCCGAUUCAAGCACUCCGAUAACAAACUUCAAUACAGAACAAUACACUACAACUAGCCUUCCAACAACAAUUACCAAUGAAGACAAUACCACAACCGAACCAUCAACUACAAUCGCUUCAUUGACCACAGAUACAGUAUUUACAACAAUCAGGCAUGCACAACCCGCCCGUGAAAAUGUAAACAUAAGUAACCGUGUACAGAAAAGUUUAGGAACAUCGGUUGACUAUGUACUAGAAUCGAAUAAAUACACAACACAUCAUUCUGAUACCAGAGCCUUAGAGUUACUAAGAUCGUUGUAUUCAUUGGCUUCCAGAUGGGGAUAAGAAACAGACUAAAAAGCUUCUAAGCUUUCCGAAUUACUGUUACAGAAUCAAGUUCCACAUCAAAUGAAUAUUAUAGUUUUUGCAAUAAAAACCAAUCUGUUCAGAUCAUAGAUGUUCACUUAGUUUUCCAACAUGCCCAGAUUAAAACAUUGUUGAAUAGUUUGCGCUAUCAUUUUAAUAAAACUGUAUAUAAUACUCAUUCUCAAAACCGUAACGAAUGUAACUAUUAUGACAAAACUGAAAUGAAUGCUUGAUUUUGUUUCAUAUAUUUAUGACUAGGUUUUGGUUUGAAUUAACGAUUCAGGUUUCAGUCACUUUUUUUUAAUAGUUUUACAUAAUUUAUAGUUAACUGUUGUGAUGUUUCUAUCUGAAAUUCACGAAAAUCACACCGAUAGCAACAAUAUUUAGUUAGACGAUCACUCUUCUUGCAACCCAUUUGCGUUCAAUCCAUAAAUUUUCCACUCAUGUCCUAAAGACAAUGACCAUAAGGUUAAAACCAUUGUACGAAAUCGAUUUUAUUUCAGCUAUAAGUGUAACGAUGCCAUUUCAUAUAUAUUCAUAUAAUUAAUAAACAUACAAUUGAAUUGUAUCUAUGUAAAAAACAACAAAGAAACUGUUUACAAAAUGUAUAGUAUUGAACAAACAA